UUGUAUAAUAAACAUUUAAACAAAACAAAAUAAUGAUCCAAACAAGUCAUACAUAAAUACCACCAGAACCAGAGACAAUCCACUCCCCUCCUCAGUUUCUUGUUUUUCCUACCAGAAUUCCAACUCCCUCUCCUUUUCUUCUUCACCUGCUUCUCUCUAUUCUUUUAUAAAAACUCCUUCUCCUUCUCUCUUCUUCUUCUUCUUCUUCUUCGAAUAGGAGAAUUCAAUAGGGAGAACAAGUUGCAGAGCAGUUACAGGUCAGUUCAUCUACAUCAACAUCAUUUCUUGUCACGAAUUUUCAUCGAAAACAACGUUUUCAGAUGUUUUAAUUGAUGGGUUUUUGAAUUUGGCGACAAACAAGUACGAGAAUCACCUACCCUUGAAAAGAAAAAGAGAGAGAGAGAGAGUCGGAGCACAACUCUUCUCGUGUUUAUAGGAGCAGUUAAGAACAGGGUGCGGUGGGUAUCUCUUUAAUUUUCUCUUCCAAUCAUGUGGUGAAUAGCAAAUUGACCCAUUUUGUACGCCAUUUGAGACUCGUCCACGCUUCAAAUUUUUCUCUGUUUUCUCUGCUUCAGAACAGAUUGGAAAUGGCGGAUAAUCCAAAGCUGGAGAUAAGUGAUUCCUGUGAUUCUUAUGGAUCAGAGAACAAGAUUGGAACCCAGAAAAUCUCGGUUUUGGAUCAUGUGAAUGGAUUUCAAUACGAAUCCACCGAUAAAUCUGAUAGCUUUGUGAUCGACAUGGAAAGCUUUUGCCAUGGAACAAAAAAAGAUUGCACCCCAAAUUCCAGAAUCACAAGGAACCUGUCCAGGAAAGGAUCUAUGCCUAUGCGCAGCAGUGACAAGAAGAUCAACACUAAUUUCAAUACAAACAAAUGUUCAAACGAUAGAGACACCAUUACCACCAUUGCUGCUCUCUCACCAAAAGGGUCUAGCAUGCCUGAAAGACCUGCCACGGCGGUGACGGUAGGGAGCACCGAUCAUUCCAAUAAACAACUUCAUAAUCAGAUCACCAUUACCACCACCACCGAGAACAGAUUUCCGCUCAGAAGAAACAGUUUCAAGCGCGCCACGCCUUCAUGGAUCCUCGAUCCCAAAAGGGUUCUCCUAAUGUUUGCUACCUUGUCAAGCAUGGGAACAAUUUUGCUGAUAUACUUCACCCUUUCGAUAAGCAAGAUCAGCACAGACGAGAAUGUCGACUGGCUGCAGUGAUUGAUGACCACCGCACUAACUGGAAAAGAAAAUUAUAAGUUGUGAGUUGAAGAAAAUAAUUAUAAAAAAAAAGAGUAGUAGUGAUGAUAUGGGCGGCAAAAGGUAAGUAAACUUCCAUGCUUUGAUAGUUCUAGAUCUGUUUUUUAUAGGACUUUUUAGAAGAGAAGACAGGGACAAACUGCAGUAUGACAAAAAGGAAGGAAGGAAAGAAGGAAUCUGCCUUUUCUCUCCUGUGAAAAUAGUAUAUGUUUAAUGGAUGGAAGAGAAAACAUGCACAUGUUAAUGGAGGAUGAGAGAGCAACUACUACUAUGUUCAUUUUCCUAUUUUUAUUCCCAUACCUUCCCUGCUGCUUAUUCCUUCUAAGCAAAUCCCACUUUUUGGUUGUGUGGCUGUCAUGUGAGUAAGCAAUAAAGAGGUGCAAGACCAUCAGGUUUUCAGGCAA